CCGCUCAGCAGUGGUGCGAGGCCGCGUGGUGACGUCAAUGGGCAUGGGUCUGGUGGGUGUGCGUGUGAGCACCAGCAUCGUACAGGAGGGAUUCACCCUAACACGGGAGGAUGGCUGGUUCGACCUGUUGGUCAACGGGGGCGGCGCAGUUACACUGCAAUUUGGUCGAACGCCCUACCGACCGCAGAACUAUAUCGUCAAUGUGCCCUGGAAUGAGGUUGUGAUAAUCGACACAGUUGAGAUGUACCUGAACGAUGACAAGCCAGCUUCGGUUGGCCCACAUGCGUGUCGCGCGCACGACUAUGACCUGAUGAAGCCGGUCGUGUUGGCAACGUGGAAGCACGGAUUCCAGGGUUCGUGUCCCGACAAGAGUGCCAUUCUCGCCGAGUCUCAGGGUCUCGGCCGGGUGAAAAUGUUUUAUAAGGAGCUAGAAAUUUUGGCACUUACCCACAGCUAUCACUCCCACCGUAAUCCCAAACCACAGGACACUCACGUAUAUCAUAAUGCCGGAAAAACAACUUAA